AUGUCAAAUGAAACAGCGUCUAUGAGAGAAAUACAACACAACCGACAACUCAUUAUACAAGCUCUAAAUAAGAACACAACAAACUUUUCAAACUAUUCUAAGAUAUCUGAGUCAUUGAAAGAAGGAAAUUUAAAACUGACAUUAAACCCAAUGACAGAUGAGUUUCUAUUUCAAGACAAUAAGAACCAUACUGUCUGUAUAAAUCCAACAAAAGGAACUUUAAACGAGAAACCUAUAAAUGAACUUCUUUUGAAAGCAGAUGUUGACAACAAAGCAGACAAAACAUAUGUAGACGAUGCAAUAGCAAAAGAAGAAGAAAGAGCUGACAAAGCUUAUGCAACAAAAGAACAUACUCAUCCUGAACUAGCAGACAAAACAUAUGUUGACAAUAAAAUGUCAAGUGAAGUGACAAGAGCUGAAAACGAAUAUUCUAAAAAGACUCAUAUACAUACCAUUGCAAAUAUUACAAACUUACAAGAAACCUUAAACAGUAAAAGUGCCGUUGGACAUACACAUACCAUUGCAAAUAUUACAAACUUACAAGAAACCUUAAACAGGAAAAGUGCCGUUGGACAUACACAUACCAUUGCAAAUAUUACAAACUUACAAGAAACCUUAAACAGGAAAAGUGCCGUUGGACAUACACAUACAUCUUCUGAAAUAACAGACUUAAACGUUAGCCUUGAAAAGAAAGCAGAUAAGAACCAUACACAUACAAGUUUUACAACUGUUGCUAUAGAAAGUAUUGAAGGAACGGUUGAAGAAACUGGUGGGGAUGCAUUAUAUUGUAAACCUCCUAACUUUCCACAAGGUUUAACAUCGGAUGACGACAUAACGACGAUGAGAAACAUUAGAUGUAAAGAUGUUUAUGUCAUGAAGGAUGAAUAUAAUAUUAAAUUCACUGCUCAAGAUUUAUAUGACAAGAAAGCAGACAAAACAGAGCUUCAAACAUUAAAGACAGAAAUA